GACGCUGAGCACACCACACUUUUUAUUUUUAAAACUUUUGAAAACCAUCUCCAUUUCCGUCACUUUGUAAUCGUCUGCCAGUAAAUCUAUAAGAUAAAUCAAAGGUUGUGGUUGAAAUGUGGCUCCAGACGGAGCCUUUUAGAUUCGCUUCUUAGAAAGCCAACACUAAAGAGUCACUCUGAUCAACGCAGCACGAAUGUUUUCUCUGUUAAACCUAAAACUGAGCAUCUUCCUGCUGCAGCUUCCAGCAAAGUCAGACCCGUGUGUCUCCCCAAUGCUGGUCUAAACAUCACUGAGCCCGAGGAGAGCUGGGUGACGUACUUCGGCUCCGCAACAAACGAAGAUUCUGGUUCUCUGUACCUGAUGGAGGCUGCGGUGUCACUCAUCCCCUCUGCGGAGUGCAACAGCUCCAAGGCGUACAGCGGCAGGAUAUCGCAGGAUAUGCUCUGCGCCGCAGAGUCAGAACCAGGAACCGGCGUGUGCCAUCAGGACAGCAGCGGCCCCCUGGUGGCCCAGAUGGAUGGACUGUGGUGGCUCUUAGGUGAUGGUGUGUGGGGGGAACACUGCAACGGACAGAAUAAACCAGGCGUCUACACCAACAUCAAACACCAUCUGAACUGGAUUUACCGACAGAUGCAGAAGCAUCAAGAUGUCUGACGACGGGACCAAAGGCGAUUAACAAGACAAGUUGUCUGCAUUUUAACAUUGUCUUCAUGUUCCUCUGUAACCCUGUAUAAUGCAGAUUGUUUUUUUUUUACUUCCUUAAAAAAUGUUUUCAUAGCCUAAAAGAAAAAACAGAUCAGUCACAAUAUUAACACAUCUCUGCUUACCCCCAUAUCUAGAAAGUCCCAAAUGUCUUUUAACAGCAAAAGGAUUUCCACAGGGAGGGUGGAAAAAAAAAGAGAUAUAUGGAAUAUAAAACAAUGACGCCAUGUGUUUUAUGAAAGUAUUAAGCUAUUGUCUCUCUGAAAAAGUAUGUUAUCUUACUGAUUAUAUCUUGG